GGCUCGGGGGAGCCCUGAACGAUGCACCUGGCGGCCGGCAGCGGCCGACCACCUCCACGAGUGACUGGGGGCCAGAGCGGGGAGCGGGGGGCUGGCGGGCCCCCAAGCACCAGCCUCCAGCCCUCUACUCUUCCCCGGGGGCGGGACAGUUUGACCGGCACACUCCUCCCCCCAGGCAAAGGCUGGCACGUGCCGGGCGUCCGCAGGGGGCGUGGCCAAGGCCACCCGCCGGGCUCCCUAGCCUUCAUUCCAUCCCUAACCCCGGUCCCUCUAAGUUGCCACCCGACCAGCAGAGACUGCCGGGGCUCAAGAUGGCCCAGCUCCCCGCCUCGGAGAGGUCUGGGAUCACGGUGCAGCCGGGCCGGAUGUACCGAGACGCGGCCACCAGAACCGAAGACUUCUAUGACUUCGGCUUGGCGUCGCGCAAGUUCAAGAUGGUCUUCCUGGGGGAGCAGAGCGGUUCGCUGCGGGCGCCGGUGGGGAAGACUUCACUCAUCACCCGAUUCGUGUACGACAGCUUCGACAACAACUACCAGGCAACUAUUGGGAUCGAUUUCUUGUCUAAGACCAUGUACCUAGAGGAUCGUUCAAUCAGGCUGCAGCUAUGGGAUACCGCCGGCCAGGAGCGUUUCCGAAGCCUCAUUCCCAGCUACAUCCGGGAUUCCACUGUUGCUGUUAUUGUUUAUGAUAUUACAAACGUUAACACCUUCUACCAGACAACCAGGUGGAUCCGUGACGUCCGGACAGAGCGAGGUGGGGAUAUCAUCAUCAUGUUGGUGGGGAACAAGAAUGACCUGGGCCAGAAGAGGGAAGUUUCAUCAGAGGAGGGAAAACAAAAAGCCAAGGAACUGAAUGUCAUGUUUAUCGAGACUAGUGCCAAAACUGGGUACAAUGUCAAGCAGCUCUUCCGGCGAGUGGCUUCUGUACUGCCUUUCAUGAAUAGUGUCCCAGAGGAAAGCAGUGGCGAACUGGUGGAGAUCACUCUGGAGAAGGCGAGUGAGCCCGCUGCUGAGGGCGGCGGCGGCUGCUCCUGCUAAGAAGCCAGCCCCACUCGGGGGAGCCCGUUAUCCCCACCUCACAGUGGGCGGGCUCUACUUAGUGGAUUUGAACCUCGCGCUCCUAGUUUUGCUGCCCCCUCCGAGGUUCCUUCCAUCAUCUCAGUCUGUCCCUCGCCUCUCUUUCCCGGGUGCUGCCCCCGCAGUCCGGCUCAGCCGGAACCCACGGAGACAGACAGCUCGACCCCAGAGGAGGCCGGGGUGUGACACUGGAUUUUCUGGAGGCCGAGCCUUUCCCAGCGCGGUCCUGAUGGCCUCCAGCCUUCCCUCCUCAUCGGGGUGGGAAGGUCUCGAUCAGCCCUCAGCCUCAAGCUGCCCGGCUCGCCCGCGUCUUCUCUGUUCCAUUCGCUUCUUUAAUAAAUGGCUUAGCAUCG